AUGCAGGGGACGCGUUUAGUAGGAGGAGAAGGAGGAGGAGGGACCGCAGGUCGCUGGUUUAUUUAGCAUAUUCCUUCUCAGCGCUUCUGUCAGAGGCGCACACACUGCUGUUGUUUCAGCGCGGAGGAGGGCCAAAGCUCAAUCACUCGCUCUCUAAUCACUCAGACAACACACUCCAAGCCUCAUCUGUUGUUGACACAGCGGUCAGCCGGCGAUAACGCCGUUUACUUUAAGCUUUUGUGGCGUAGAUAAUGUUCGGACCCGAGCGUUAGUUUCCCAUCCGGCUCACUACACACCGCAUGUCAGCGGUCCCGUCACGCGCACGGACCGUUUAUUUCACAAAUUAGGUACCGGUUCCAACUGGAAUGGAGACGCGACGCUGAAACCUGGUUUCUUCACCUGAGUUCCGCUUAGGAUGGCAAGGAGCUAAAAGGAAAGGCGAAAAAGAGAAAAAACUUCUGCUCGCCCUUACCGACAGGGGCUUGUUAUAUCAGCUUUCACUUAUUCCAGCAUUACAGCUGUCCCAAGGGUAAGUGAUGGCUGCGUACGGACAGACACAGUACAGCCCUGCCAUCCAGCCUGCAGGCCCAUACACACCCUACACACAUCACACCCAGGGCUACAGUGUGCCACCAUACAAUAUUAAAACAGAAGAUGGCUUGAGUCAUUCACCAGGACAGAGCAGUCUGCUUGGCUACACAUCCAACUUCAGUGGAACACCUCCAAGCCAAGCUCUUUACAGUUACUCCACACACGGUGGCAGUAUUUCAUCUGGAAUUUUCCAAGGAACUAAUGCCAUCACAGGCUCUACGCCAUUUAGUCCCACACAGCAGGAUUUCACAGCAUAUUCCAGCUAUGGCCAAAGCCAGUACUCACCAUACUAUACACACAAUACACACUACAACAACUCCUACCUCACAAGCAGUAAUAUCAGCCCAUCAGCCAUUGGCACAACACUGCCCUAUCAGCAUCCAGAACAUCCUGCUGUAACAACCAGUCAUAGCCCAGAGUCCCACCCAGGGGAGUAUCAUGCCCCCCCUAGCCCCCCAACCCCAGGAAAGGAGCAGGAAGGAGGUUCAGCCAGACGCAGCUCGGAUGGAAAGCUGCGGGGAAGGAAGAGGGCCAAUGACCCUGUACCCCCACUGGACUCAGAAAUCGAGAGAGUGUUUAUUUGGGACCUGGAUGAAACCAUCAUCAUUUUCCAUUCACUCCUCACCGGUUCUUUUUCCACACGCUUCGGCAAGGACUCAGCUAAAGCUGUGUCUCUGGGGCUGUGGAUGGAGGAGAUGAUCUUCAACUUGGCAGACUCAAGACUCUUCUUCAAUGACCUGGAGGAAUGUGACCAAGUUCAUAUCGAUGAUGUGGCCUCAGAUGACAACGGACAGGACUUGAGCACAUAUAACUUUGGAACAGAUGGCUUCCAGAGUCCAGCUGGAGGUGGUGCUUUGUGUUUGGGCUCGGGAGUCCAUGGUGGCGUCGACUGGAUGAGGAAGCUGGCCUUCCGCUACCGGCGAGUAAAAGAGAUCUACAACACUUUCAAGAACAAUGUAGGAGGUUUGCUGGGGAGUCCAAAGCGAGAGGAAUGGCUUCAGCUGAGGCGAGAAAUGGAGGUUCUGACUGAUCUGUGGCUUACGCAGGCUUUAAAGGCUCUCGCUCUUAUUAAUUCUAGACCAAACUGUGUGAAUGUGAUGGUCACCACUACACAGCUGAUCCCAGCUCUUUCCAAAGUGCUGCUGUAUGGUCUAGGGGGAGCUUUUCCCAUUGAGAACAUUUACAGUGCCACCAAAACUGGUAAAGAGAGCUGUUUUGAGAGAGUGACUCAGAGGUUCGGGAGGCGAGCUGUGUAUGUGGUAAUCGGAGAUGGCGUGGAAGAAGAAACUGUGGCAAAAAAGAAAAACAUGCCAUUCUGGAGGGUAACAUGUCGAGCAGACCUGGAGGCACUGAGUCAUGCACUAGAGCUGGACUACCUCUAGGGGGCAGAAUCUCAAACAGUUUCUCAUUUGAACUGGUCAACUAUAACCACAUGGCCAAGUCAAGAACUGCAGGACCAAUCAGCCAGAAUGGACUAACAUAUGGGAAAUAUGUUUGUCCCUAAUCAAUAAUAAAAAAAAAUUCUUAUCCCUUUUUUCUUCUGUCGGUAAGAGCAGGUUUAUAUGAUGGCGCAUUGCACUGGAGACAAAAAUCCGUUUAAGACCAGAGUGCUUUAAAUAACCACAUAAAAUGUGUGGUUAUUAUUGAGACAACAUGACUUCAGGACAUAUUUGUGUGUAUCAUUGUGAUUAGUUUUUGGGUGUGAAAAUAAUUGUUUUCUAUGAAUUCACAAGCAGCUGCUGCUGUCUGUUAUAGAUGAGACUUAUCCAUAACUCAUUUAGAGAUUUAUUUAGCAUCAAACCUUUAUUAGGGAAAAAAUGUGUUCUGUAUUUUCAAUCUAAAUCCUAUUAAAAUAUCAGCUUUUUUUUUUUUUUUUUUACAACUGUGAAUUUCAGUAAAACUAUUUUUAAAAGAUAAAGCACAAUUAGGGGAAUUAUAUGACUGAAAAUCAGUUGGGAAAUAUGUAGAUAAACCAAUUUUAGUUUGUUUUCUGAUAAUUUCUAUCAAUAAUGCAAUAAUUGAUUAUAUUACUGAUUCAUAUACUGAUCCAUUCUUUUAGGUAAACCAUCCUUUAGGCAAAAAUAAUUAAAUAAAUGUGUGAAAAUGUGUAAUAUUCCAUUAAAUUUAAUUUCUGCCUCUAAAGUACUGUAUACUAUUUAAUAACACACUUUUUUUUAAAAAGCCAGUGCAAAAUAACUACAUAUCUAUAACUAAUCCCAAAAGUAGCCAAGGUAUAAAGCCAAAUUUAUUGAUAAAGGCAACAGUCAUUUACGUAACUUAUGAAUAUUUUUGUGAGGUGAUUUCUCAAGCACUAGAAAAUUUCUCCUCCAUUACUUUUGAUAUGCCUGGACCACAAUGAUCUGUAAUAUUUGUUAUGGAUGUACAUUUGAUUUCAUGUUUCUUUCUAUUAACGUUACUUAAGUUUAUAUGUGUGUUUCUAUCCUGUAUGGAAUCUCAAUGGUUGUCUUUUGAAUUGCAUGUCCUUUUUACACUGCCUGUCCUCCUCACUUUUAUUUGUAUAUAUGGUUUUAUUGAUUAUUUGUUUUGGGCCAAUAUGAUAGAACAAUAAAAAACAAUAAAUUAAUAAAUUGCA